GAAGCUCCAUCCAACCCACAUGCGCAAUCUGUCGAAUAUCAUCUCCAACCCGAUAUAAGAACUCCACCAAAACCCUAAUUUCACUUCCCUCUGCGUUCUUAGCGUUUUUGCAAGGAGGCUCCAGCGAAAGCUCCAUCAUCUCGGCGAAAAAAUGUCUCUGAUCGCGAACGAAGAUUUCCAGCACAUUCUUCGUGUUCUGAACACGAACGUCGAUGGAAAGCAGAAGAUCAUGUUCGCUCUGACCUCCAUCAAAGGUAUCGGGAGGCGUUUCGCCAACAUCGUAUGCAAAAAGGCCGACGUCGACAUGAACAAGAGGGCUGGUGAAUUAUCUGCGGCAGAACUGGAGAACCUCAUGGUGAUUGUUGCCAACCCCCGCCAGUUCAGAAUUCCAGACUGGUUUUUGAACAGGAAGAAGGAUUACAAGGAUGGGAGGUAUUCUCAGGUUGUCUCAAAUGCACUGGAUAUGAAGUUGAGAGAUGAUUUGGAGCGACUGAAGAAGAUCAGGAACCAUCGUGGUCUGAGGCACUACUGGGGUCUCCGUGUUCGUGGUCAGCACACCAAAACAACAGGCCGCAGAGGAAAGACUGUUGGUGUCUCCAAGAAGCGUUGAGUGCUUUUUAUUCUCAUCUUUUUUCAAUCAACCAUGUUAGAUUGGCCUGGUGAGUUGUAUUUUGAGUUUUAGAACUGUUUAGUGGUCGUUCCUUCCUGUUUUUGUUUUACAGCCCAGUCUGAGCUGGGUUCUAGUUUUUGCAAUAUUUGGAUCUUUUGACUGAAUUUAUUUUUCCCUAUGGGCCCAAGUUAUUAGCGGAUUAUGAUAGGUGAAAAUCGAAAGUUAAGAAGUAGUAUUUCGGAUU